GUCCCAGCAUGUUUUGCCACACUAAGCAUGGCGUCGAAGGCGCGUCGGCCUCUCUGUCCCAGCGUGCUUUGCGCGGCCGCGGCAGGCAUGGCGGCGAGGCUGUGGCUGUGGGGUCCGCGGGGGCGCUGAGCGGGACCGUUUUGCCUUCACAAUGUUUGGGGACUUAUUUGAAGAGGAUUUUUCCUUUAUUUCAAACAAUCAUUGUGGAAAAGGGAAGAAAUCAAAGCCCAGAGAUUCUGAGCCCCCAGCUCCCAGGGAUUUCACCAACCUAAGUGGUAUCAAAAAUCAGGGUGGGACCUGCUACCUCAAUUCCCUUCUGCAGACCCUGCUUUUCACACCUGAAUUCAGAGAGGCACUGUUUUCUCUGGGACCUGAGGAACUGGGGACUCUGGAUGACAGCAGUAAACCAGAUGCAAAGGUUCGAAUAAUUCCAUUACAACUUCAACGGUUAUUUGCCCAGCUUCUCCUUUUGGACCAGCAAGCUGCAUCUACGACAGACCUUACUGAGAGCUUUGGGUGGAACAGCAAUGAGGAAAUGAGGCAGCAUGAUGUGCAAGAAUUAAAUCGGAUUCUGUUCAGUGCUUUGGAAACUUCCCUUGUGGGGACUUCAGGUCAUGACCUUAUUAAUCGAUUGUACCAUGGGAUUGUUGUCAACCAGAUUGUUUGUAAAGAAUGCAAGAAUAUCAGUGAGAGACAGGAAGAUUUCUUAGACCUCACAGUGGCGGUAAAAGGUGUUGCUGGCUUGGAGGAGGCACUGUGGAACAUGUAUGUAGAAGAGGAGUACUUUGAAAAUGAGAACUUGUAUCGAUGCGGAGCCUGCGAUAAACUCGUUGAAGCUUCAAAGUCUGCUAAACUGCGCAAGUUGCCACCCUUUCUCACCAUUUCUCUCCUGAGAUUUAACUUUGACUUUGAGAAGUGUGAACGGUACAAGGAAACGAGCAGCUAUACGUUCCCUGUCCAGAUAAACCUAAGGCCCUUUUGUGAGCAGACUGAAAUGGAUGAUUCAGAGUACAUGUAUGAGCUCUUCUCUGUUAUUAUACACAAAGGUGGCUGCUAUGGAGGACACUAUCAUGUUUAUAUCAGAGAUGUGGAUGAAUUAGGAAACUGGCAAUUACAAGAAGAAGAGGAUAGGCUGAUUGAAGAUAAGGCUUUUGGAGAUACUGAAAGUGCCAAAGAAACAGAAAAUCCAUUGGCAGUGUUAAAAGGGAUUUUAUCAGAGGAAGAAUCUAAACAAAUUCCUGUGGAUCAAUUAGGACAGAAAUUAUUGGAGAAAAGAGGGGUGUCCUGGAAUAAGAAAUAUCGAAAACAGUAUGGACCAUUACGAAAGUAUUUGCAGAAUCAUCCACGGAUAUUUCAGUUCUGUCCUGAUGAAAAUAAGGUUGGUCUGAAGGAAAAACACAAGCUCCUGUUUAAGUCAGAUUUUCAAGGAAAAGAUCUCCAAAGCCCUCCUCAGAAGAACAAUGUCCAGUGGAACUCAGAAAAAAAACCUGCAAGGCAAAGGGACAGUUGUGCUGGUGGCCACUGGUUUGAUCUGAAUGAUUCCAAAGUCCAGCCCAUCAAGGAGAAGGAUAUUGAGAGACAAUUUCAGGGUAAAGAGAGUGCCUACAUGCUGUUUUAUCGAAAAUCUCAGUUAAAAAGACCACCUGAAGCACGAGGAAAUCCAAGGUACCAAAUUCCUGAACACCUUCUGAAUGAAAUGAAUGCUGCUAAUACUGAGCUGCAAAAAAAGAGAGCGGAAUGUGACUCAGCAAACAAUGGCAUUGAUUUACAUCUCCAUUUGAGCUCAUGUUACAAAUUUCACAAUGGGGCUUUACAUCCUUCCCUUACUUGGAAAGAGUGUGUUGUGGAUUUGACUAUUGAUAGAAGAAAAACGCUAGGAGACCUUCGACAAUCAGUUUUCCAGAUGUUGGAAUCUUGGGAAGGAGACAUGAUUCUCAGUAUUGCUAAGCCUUUACCAGCAGGACUGCAUCUUUACCAGAUACUUGAUGGAGAUGAGCUGACACUGGAUGGCAUUGGGCUGGUUGAUGGAGCAGACAUCUUUGUGUGGAAUGGGAAAGAGGUUGGUGGUACAAAGGUGAUGACAGGUCCUGAGCAUGAACCUGUGGUCAUAAACGUCCUUCGUUUAGCAGAGUAUAAUGAAGGAGGGAAGGGUCAGCACUUCACAGAAUCACAGCACGUCUUUUCAUGCAGCACCAAACUAGGUGAUCUGCACAAAGCCUUAGCACCGUCAGGAGGAAUCAUCUUGAAGAACGGCUCAGGUCCAGAUAAAGAAGCCAAGAACUGGGAAGUUUUUCUUGAAGAAGAUAUGAAGGAAACAGUCAAAAGUGUUGGUCUGACAGAUGGAUGCUCUGUACUAAUCUUGGACAGCCAUGACCAGAGCUUCGUGAACGUGUCAAGUGGCAAUUUGACUGCUUUCACAUAUGAUAUCAGCUGGCUCCAAGUGAAAGACUUCUGCAGAAUGGAAGAUGAAGAGAAACACGUUAAAAUUACUGCCACUAUUGAAACAGUGAUGUCAGAUAUCAAAAUGAAAGCAAUACGUGAGCUUCAGCUGGAGGAGGAGCUAGCAAACGACAGCUGUCUCAGACCUGUUAGCGGAAAUGGGAAACUUCUUUCUCCAGUGCCUGAGGAUUAUACUGUCAAGGAAGCGGAACUGAAAAUGGGAAGCUUGCUAGGGCUGUGUCAUGGGAAAGCUCCAACUUCCACUCAGCUUUUCCUAUAUUUUAUUGUUGGAAGUGACCAAAACACAAGUCCCGAGAUGGAGAUUGUUGUGGAAGAGACUGCUUCUGUCAAAGAGUGUCUAAAUUUAAUGCUGGAAAAAUCUGGAUUAUCAGGUGACAACUGGCAUUUGAGAAGGAUUGACUGGUGUUAUGAAGCAGGGGAAGCAUUAAGUCCAGAAAAUGCCACUCUGAAGGAGCUUAAUGUUUGCAGAGGAGAUACUUUGGUUGUAACUGAAGGAAAGCUUCCACCGAAGGGUUUCCUGAAAAUCCCCAUCUGGUGGUUCAAGACUUCGAGCUAUAUGAAACAUGGAGAGAAUGCACAAGACCAAGUAAACGGCAUGAUUUGCAAGAUGGAUGCUUUGCAGGUGUCUCCUGCAGAAGAUUCAGCAGGAUACAGCCACGCAGACAUGGAUCUUUCAUAUGCUGGCAGUGUAGAAAUAGCAGGAGACGCUUCUCUGGAAGACCUGAAGAUGCAGGCUAUGACCUUAUCAGGUUGCCAGGAGCAGAUUGUCCCACUGCCCUCCUUUCUCAGAGCGUGGACAGUGGACAGCAAGCGCCUGGGCAGGCUCUUACGGAACAACAAGCAGCAACUCAAUGACUAUAAGCUGGGUACCAGAGUGGAGAUCUGCAUAGAACCUUUGCAAAAAGAAGAGCAUUUGGGCCCCCAUGAGAUGCUGCUUCGAGUCCAGAUGGGCAAACCAGGGGAGAGGGACUACUAUGACUCCGUGGACUUGGUGUGGGAUGUUUCCAAAGAGUGCACAGCCUGUGCGCUGAGGCAGCGAGUGGCUUCUCACUAUUGUCUCCCCGUAGAUAAAAUUGAGAUAGCCAAAUACUUCCCUGAAAGAUUCGAGUGGCUGCCAAUAUCUAGCUGGAUACAGCAGAUUUCAAAGAGAAAACGGAAGAGAAAACAGGAGAGUUUACAGUCAGCGCCUUACCACCUGAAAGAUGGAGAUAUCAUUGGGGUGAAGAAUCUUCUUCUUGAUGACACUAAGGACUUCAGCACAGUGAGAGAUGACAUUGGAAAAGAGAAUCAAAGGCAGCUUGCCUUAGAAAAAAAGAAAAGUCGGCAAGCUGAACGCUUACAGGACCAUGAGGAGAAGCUGAAUAUUAAGCACCGUAAACCAGAAGUGGCUCUUUCUAUCAAUGUGGGUGUUUUCAGAUAGCACCAGGAGGCGAGGCGAGGCGUUGACCAGCCCAUGCUACCAAUGUACUGACUUGGAGUGGAGUACCUCAACUGGACCAGCAAGGGGGGCUUUCCCAAAGUGUCUUCAAGAAUCACCAAGACAAACUGGAUUUAGGAUUCAGGAUAACUCGGAUAUUUCUUCUAAUCUCUCUUGGGGAAGUGCUUUAGCAUCCCUUUAUCAGUGUGGUACUUAUUCUCAGGCUAGGUAAAUGCACUUUAUCCAUGAGAAAAGAGAUUAAUAUAUUGUAUAACCUUUUGGUGACUGUUUUGUAAUCACCCUAAAUGCUUUUGGGUUUUGAUCAGAUGCUGACGUCUUGCACCAUCACUACAGAGUUUGCUGGGGUUUAAUGCAGUCAUAAAUAUCUCUUUACAUAUUUUUUUUCCAUCUCUGAUCACUGAAAUUACAGGUGAUACCAGAGUUUGCUUCUGUCUCUUUAUAUAGAAACUUAUAGGUUUCCAUCAAGUUUGUAGGAAUCAGAUUUCAGGAAUGAAGAAAAUGUGGAAAUCACUUGACAAAUUGUGCUAAAUUGGCUCAGAAAAGAGCAAGUUCACAACCUGUCAGGCUCUUAAACCUGAAGAUCUUUUGUGAUAUGGAACAACAGUGCGAUAACCUUCUAUUUUUAAAGUUCCAGGGGCUUUUUUGUUGUCCAUCAUCUUCAUUAACAAACAAAAGGGAUGGAAAAAAUUGGCUGAUCAGGCAUUUGGUCUUAAGUGGGUUUAUUGUACUCUGGGAAAAAGGCUUGUGUUUAUUUUCAUUACUGUUAUUCAGAGGAUUUUCCCUCAUUUCUUAACUUUUCAGUUCUUUUAAUGUUCUUUGUUAGAAUGGUUUGGUUAGAAAAGAUCUUUGAGAUCAUCGGGUCCAGCUGUACCUGCCCACUACUAAACCAUAUCCGUGCGCGCCUUACCUAGCUGUUUUUCAGACACCUCCAGGGAUGGGGACUCCACCACCUCCCUGAGCAGCCCCUUCCAGUGCCCAAGAACCCUUUUGGUGAAGAAACUUUUCUUAACACCUAAUCCGAACCUCCCCUGGUGCAAUUUGAGCUUCUCUUGGUGUCACAAAGCUGAUUUACAUCCUCCACAAAGGAAGGGGAUGGAUGGGGCUGACUACCAGCUGACCUCCUAUCAAAGGUUCUUGAGCAAAAUGUUUACCCCAUGCUUGUGAGCUUGGAUCUCAAUCUUAAGAACGCCUGUAACUGCCUGAUAUUUUUGUUACCCCUAAGGCUGGGGUUUAUUUGAAGUAGACGUUUCAGCAUCUUUAUCAAAACUUCUCUGAUGCUUACAAUAUUUAAACGGUGUUUCCCCCGCUGUACGUGACUGUUCAUAACUUAAUUUCCCAUCAGAUUCAGAGUUUUCUUUGACCACAACUAGCACUGACAGAUUAACCCAAAUUAUUAAUGGAGUGAAUUGUUUAUAAUCACAUUCUAAACGUGUUUUGAAUGCUAAGGUAAAAAUGGAAUGGUGGAAGAUAAAACAUGAGCACUUCUGUGCGGUGGUGGCGUGCUGGUGGCAUUGAAUGGAUUUGCCUUUGCUGGGUAGGAACUUGUGGAAGUGAAUCCUGCUGUCACACCCACUGCGAAGCCUCAGUGAACCGCACGAAUGCUGGAAACCUGUUUUGACAUGAGCAAAGCAAUUGUUCAACAGUAGUUUUGAACAUAUCCAGGAGUAUUGUUAAUUAAAUCUGUGAUAAUGAAGGGACAAAAUGCAAGUCCCUUGGAGGCUGCUGUAAGCGUUUAACCUGUUUUAUGUUUGCGUAGAAGAUGCCAGUACAGCAGACUACUGAAUUUUUGGCUAAUCGAGAAGAUAUCUCAUUUGCCUUUUAUAGGUUAACAAUACUCUGGUAUUUCAAGAUGAAAAUGGACCCCCUCAGCCUUCAGCAAAAGAAGUUGUCAAAAGCACCUUGAAGCAUCUGAUGGGUAUUGAUUUCUUUGCAUAUAUCUGAACUUCAGCAGGUUCUUCUGUGCUGUCUUAGGCUGAUUCAUCCCAGAAGGGGAUGCUUAAUUUCCCCGCUGUUCCGGCUGUAGGUAGGCUUUAUUGAAUCUUGAAAUCCUAGUGUAUGGAUGGAUUCUCUGACUGAGGUGAGGGCAGCCGCUUGCUUUCCUAUUUUAUUUUCUGUUGCCUUCUUCCAUAUCAACAAGUGUUCUUGCGAGCUAGGGUUUACAGAGACGAUUGUACGUGCCGGUUACGAAGGUAAGCAAGAAAUGUUUGCGUUUGCAGAUUGUUCUGUCACAUCACGCUUACUUUGCUGUCACUUGAAUUCCUCUGGGUCCUUGCAUUCAGCCUUCCCACUUACCUUUAACUCUAGUCUGUUCUGGAAAACACGACGUUUGGAGAAAUUUAAGUAUGGAUUCCAGGUACUGACGUGGGGGUUAGUAUGUGCCUUUGUUCAAGUGUCAUGUAGCAGCGCCUGCACUGAACCAGUCUUGGAAUGUUUCCAAUGUUGGCUCAGAACGCAUUAUUUUUUUCUUUAGAACUCUUGUGGGUCAUUCCACAAUGAGAGAGUUCCUUAAAAACGGGGGGGGGGAAGAGGAAACACAUUUUUAAAAUGGAGUCUUUGUGAUUCCACGGUUUAUGAUGGUUAUUAUUCCAAAACCUGAAAAAGCUUUCAUCUUUAUAUUUCAAGUGUUCUUCACAAAAUAAAAAGUCAUUUCUAUA